UAUACGUCAGUUUUGGGAGACCCUCUUCCGUUUAGCGGCGACACAAAUUGGAGGAGCCUCACUGGGGGUGAAAAGACCAUGGCAAAGUUCCUGGCCCCAGUGAUUCAGGAUAACCCCUCAGGAUGGGGUCCCUGUGCUGUACCUGAAAAGUUUAAGGACAUGCCCUACCAGCCCUUUAGUAAAGGAGAUCGUCUGGGCAAGGUGGCAGAUUGGACUGGAGCAACCUACCAGGAUAAGAGAUACACAAACAAGUACUCAUCUCAGUUUGGAGGUGGCAGUCAGUAUGCUUAUUUCCACGAAGAGGAUGAAGCAAGUUUCCAACUGGUGGACACGGCCAAAACCCAGAAAACGGCCUACCAAAGGAACCGCAUGCGCUUUGCUCAGAGGAACUUGCGGCGGGAUAAGGACCGCAGGAACUUGACACAGUUCAACAUGCAGACUCUCCCUAAGAGUGCCAAACAGAAGGAGAGAGAUCGCAUGCGUCUGCAGAAGAAGUUCCAGAAGCAGUUUGGAGUCCGUCAGAAGUGGGACCAGAAAUCACAGGCCCAGCUGAAGCCCAGGGACUCAUCUGUGGAGGUGCGCAGUGACUGGGAAGUGAAGGAGGAGAUGGACUUCCCCAGACUCAUGAAGAUGAGAUACAUGGAUGUGGCAGACCCUAUAGAUAUUGAAUGCUGUGGUGCUCUUGAGUAUUACGAUAAAGCAUUUGAUCGCAUCACCACCCGCAACGAGAAACCGCUGAAGAGCAUUAAAAGGAUCUUCCACACGGUCACCACCACUGAUGAUCCAGUCAUCCGCAAGCUGGCUAAGACUCAGGGUAAUGUCUUUGCCACUGAUGCUAUUCUGGCUACGCUGAUGUGUUGCACACGUUCAGUGAACUCUUGGGACAUCAUUGUGCAGCGUGUUGGAAACAAGCUCUUCUUCGACAAGAGAGACAAUUCGGACUUUGAUCUGUUGACUGUCAGUGAGACUGCCAACGAGCCUCCUCAGGACGAGGGAAACUCCUUAAACUCACCCCGGAACCUGGCCAUGGAGGCCACAUACAUCAACCAUAACUUCAGCCAGCAGUGCCUGCGCAUGGGAGGAGAGAGACACAAGUUCCCCAACCCAAACCCAUUUGUGGAGGAAGAUAUGGAUAAGAGUGAGGUUGCCUCAGUAGCCUACAGGUACCGACGGUGGAAGCUCGGGGAGGAUAUUGAUUUGAUGGUGCGCUGUGAACAUGACGGCGUUAUGACCGGAGCGAACGGAGAGCUGUCCUUUAUCAACAUUAAAGCACUCAAUGAAUGGGACUCACGGUAUUGUAAUGGAGUGGACUGGCGUCAGAAGCUGGACUCCCAGAGGGGAGCUGUGUUGGCCACAGAGCUGAAGAAUAACAGUUACAAACUGGCUCGCUGGACCUGCUGUGCCCUAUUGGCUGGCUCUGAGUACCUUAAACUGGGUUAUGUGUCCCGCUACCAUGUGAAAGACUCCGCACGUCAUGUGAUCCUGGGUACGCAGCAGUUCAAGCCCAAUGAAUUUGCCAGCCAGAUCAACCUGAGUAUGGAGAACGCCUGGGGCAUUCUGCGCUGCGUCAUAGACAUCUGCCGCAAACUGGAUGAGGGCAAGUACCUCAUUCUGAAAGACCCCAACAAGCAAGUGAUCCGCAUCUACAGCCUCCCAGACGGAACCUUCAGCUCUGACGAAGAUGAGGAUGAAGAAGAGGACGACGAAGAUGAAGAUGAUGAAGAUGAAGAGAACUGAGGAGCUGGAUGAAUGAAAUGGAGGACAAUGAGACCAAACGAGUCAGCACUUUCCCUGCUGCUCUCACACCUCUUCCCAUCACAUACAGAUUAAACAAGGCUUAUUAAAAGGUUGAGCAAUAA